CUUUGUCGUGCAGGGUUUACAAUUUUCUCCGGUAAAGAAAAUAACAGAAAAUCGGACACAUAGAGAUCGUCGUCAGGUACAAAAAGAGUGAGACCGGGUAGUUCUUAAUACCGAGACCCUGUCUCCCGAGUCGUUCAAGUUGGAAAGAAUAAACACUGAUGGAUACCCCGGAGAGCCCUACCCAGUCCCCACAAUCACCAGAGGAGGAGGAGAAGGGCAUCUCUGACAGUGAGUUGUUGGAUUCACCAGCUGAGCUAGACCAGGCUGUGUCUGAUAGUGAGCUGCUGAAUGACGAAGAUGACGAGGGUCUGGAUGAAGACCGAGUUGGCAGAGACUCAGAACUUGAAGAUGAUGAGGAGGAUGAAGGUCUCAGUGGAGCAGCAGUCAUGAGAGGAGGAGGAGGUAGUGGCGGUGGUGGAGGUGGCGAACAAGAGAGAGUGUCUGAUCCAGAGGAAGAUGGGGUAGAUCAUAGAGAUUUGAAGGGUGCCUCUGACCUGCCUGGACACAUUGGUGGUAUGAUGAGUGCCAGCGUGAACGUCCGUCAGUCGGCAGACGAAGACGAGGAGGAGGAGGACGACGAGCAAGAACACGAGCAUGAGGAACGAAUCAGUCCCGAAUCGCCGGACUUCGAGCCCGAGCAGCAUAGGCCCCUUGGCCUGCCCGAAGAGGAGGAAGACGACGAUGAGGAAGAGCGACCCGGCGGCCCGGCCGCGGCGAGGGUGGAGGGGGAUGAGGAAGAGGAGGACGAAGAGGAGAUGAUGGAAGCGCGCCGACGGCGACGAGGGGUGGUGGUGAGCGACAUGAAGGACGAGUCGUCGUCAGUGUCCCGCGAGCUGGACGAACACGAGCUGGAUUACGACGAGGAGGUCCCCGAGGAGCCCAGCGUGCCCACGCAUCCCCAGGAGCAGCCCGAGGAGGAGGACAAAGAGGAGGAGCGGGACGGCGUGGAGCGGAGCAAGCCGAAGAGGGAGCGGAUCCCCAUCCUGCCGCCCCCGUCUGACAAGGACGGCCAGCCCAAAAAGCCAGACGAGUCCCGGGGUCCGGAGCGGGGGAGGAGAGACUCCCUUCGAGACAAGAAGAAGGAUGAGGACGAUGGAGAGAUCGAUGAGGGGGAGAUCGACGAUGAUGAUCUGGAGGAGGGGGAGGUCAAGGACCCCAUGGAUCGCAAGAUUCGUCCCCGUCCCACCUGCAGGUUCUUCAUUAAAGGGAACUGCACCUGGGGUAUGAACUGCAGGUUCAUCCAUCCUGGAGUGAACGAUAAGGGGAACUACUCCCUAAUCAGCAAACCAGAUCCCUUCUCCCACAACGGGGGCCCACCAGGUGGACCUCACCCCCUCAUGCCUGCCAGUCCUUGGGGUGCACCGGCUGUUGAGGAGCUUCCCCCACCUCCACCUCCUCUGGACCCCCCAGUGGAAAGUGCUUGGGAGAGGGGCCUGAGACACGCCAAAGAGGUGCUGAAGAAAGCCACCAUACGUAAGGAGCAGGAGCCCGACUUUGAGGAGAAGCGCUUCAACGUGACCAUCGGCGAGGACGAGCGUGAGUUCGACAAGGAGAACGAGUUCUUCAGGGAGCGUGGCUACCGUAUCACCCGGGAGAUCCGAGAACCAGGGGACAUCGAGUUCAGAGAGCUAGGCUACGGAAAUGACCCUUACGCUGACCCGUACUAUGACUACGAAAUGGAGGCCCUUUGGAGAGGAGGCCAGUACGAGAACUUCAGAGUGGAGUACUCUGAGACACCUUUACCAUACCACUACCCAGAGCGAGAGCGUGAGCGAGACCCUCGCGAACGAGACCCUCGCGAACGGCACCGCGAGAGGGAGCGUGAGCGCGACCACCGCGAGCGGGAGCGCCGGCAGCGGGAGCGGGAGCGCGAACGAGAGCGCGAGCGCGAGAAGGAGCGUCUGCGGCGGAAGGAGGAGUGGGAGCGCGACCGGGUGAAGCGCGACGACAAGGAGCGCCCGCCCCGCGAGAGGCCACUCCGAGAGCCCCGCGACAAGAAGGAUGACAAGGACAAGCCCAAAGUGCCCCGGUCCCCUGGCGCCAUGCCACCCAGGCCCAUGGAGCCCGGGGGCGGCCCGGUGAAGAAGGACAUGGUCCCUAUGAUCAAGCGUCCCGAUGAGUGGAAGGACCCGUGGCGCCGAUCCAAAUCCCCCCGCAGGCGUCCGGGCAUGACCGGCUCUCCCCCACGUGGCAGGCGACGACACCGGCCCUCUGGUUCCUCCGUUUCACUGUCCAACUCCUCCAGGUCGUCAUCCCACUCCUCGUCCUACACAGGCUCUGGCUCAUCUCGUUCAAGAUCUCGGUCCUCCUCCUUCAGCUCCUACUCCAGCCACUCUUCACAGCACAGCUCUUUCAGUGGCAGCCGCUCACGAUCCAGAUCCUUCUCAUCCUCGCCUUCGCCCUCCCCCCACCCAGCUGUUCAGAGGAACGCAGCAAAGCCCAAACCAGACCAGCCUCCUGUGGUCUCAAAAGGCCCCAUGCAGAAGCCUGCCACCGUGCCCCCACCACGCCGAGACAAACCCCCUCCCAAAAAGAUGCCGAGCCCCAGCCAGCCCGGUCAGCCCCCUAGCGACGGGCCAAAGCCCCCAGUCCUGAGGGACCCGGUCAAACAGCCCCCCAACGCCAGGGAGGGCCGCAGAAAAGACAGGCCGCAUCCGCCACGGAGGCGGACAUUGAGUGGCAGUGUGAGUGGUAGUGGCAGCAGUUACUCAGGUUCCAGCUCUCGCUCCCGCUCCUCCUCAGCCUCACACUCACGCUCUGGAUCACGCAAGUCUAGAUCUCUGAGUGUGAGCAGUGUCUCGUCGGAGUCCUCUGCGUCGUCCAGCAGCAGCUCGGUGCGAAGCGCCGACUCGGACGACAUGUACGCCGACCUGGCCAGCCCCGUGUCCUCGGCCAGCUCCCGCUCGCCCACCCCGGGACACCCCCGCAAGCCCCGCGGACCCCCCCGGGAACAGCACUCCAACAAAGACAGAGGAAAGCCCCCAAAGAAAGAGGAGCCCUUCAGAGAGGAGCGGCGGCGGAUGAGUCCGUCGGGGGGGCCGCCCUUCCGGCCGGGCGCGGCAGGUUCCAUGCCCCGCUCGGGCCCCAGCAACCGGGGCCACCCCAUGCACCCGCCGCACCCGCCGCAGCACAUGGGGCCCCCGGGAGGCUACGGCUCCCACAAGGACAUCAAACUCACGCUGCUCAACAAGCAGCAGCCUGACCGAGGCAAUAGGAAAAGAUAUUUCCCUGCCGAUAAGGAGAGGCCGACGUCUCCCCUCAGCAAGAGGAUAGCCAUGUCUCCUGACAGAGGUCGGGACAGGAGGAUGCUGGGCAGACCCCCCCUCUCUCCCAGAAUGGACCGUCCCAGAGGCCAAGGCCCACGGCCAAUGCCCCCACAGGGGGACAGAAAGCGACCCCUGUCCCCACCCCCAAAGUCUUCUGGGAAGGGACCGGCCGCGGCCCCAGGCAAACCCCCGGGUCCAGGUUCUGGUUCUGGGUCUGGGUCCGGGUCCGGUUCCGGCUUAGGCUCAGGGAAGCCGAGCAACACGCUGAGCCGUCGAGAGGAGCUGCUGAAGCAGCUGAAGGCCGUGGAGGACGCCAUCGCCCGCAAGAGAGCCAAGAUCCCUGGGAAGUAGAGCCGGCUGCCGCGACACAAGACACGAGACACAGAAGAGAAGAAACGCACCAUCCCCUCUCUCUCCCCCUUCUCCUCCUGCCAAAUGCCCUUCAGCUGAUUGCGUCACUGAGGCGUCAGCAGGCGUCUAGCAGCUUUGGGGCGAGUGGACAGAAGGAUGGACUGACAGACGGACAUUUAAUGAAUAAACAACCGCAAAAACAAAACAGAACGACAAAGAAAUGCGGCCAGGUGUGAGGAUGCGUGAUUGAGGCCGCUGCGAAUGAGAGUCUUUGCUCAUGUGUGUCCCUAUGGCCAGGGGCGUGUAGAUUUUAUACGGAUGCCACACAGAUUUGUGUGGGGAGGAGGGGGGGGGGCACUCAUCUCUUCCAACCCCUUUUCCUCUCCAAAAUGAACUGUAGGAGAUGUUUUCUUAAUUACGAGGAGAAUAAAUACUGUUUACCCAUGUUCUCCGAAUCCCUCCAUCUCUCUCUCUCUCUCUCGCUCUCUCUCUCUUUCUCUCUCUCCCUCUCUUCGCUCUUUCUCUUUUACUCCUACUCUCACACUAUUUUAUUCUCUUCUUUUUCUCUCGACUCCUCUCCUUAGUUGUGUGUGUGUGGAGGGGAGUUGAGGGGAUGGGGAACCCUGUGCUCUAUGUACAAUACACUGAAGAUCCCACACAUAGCAUUUGAUGACGAGAUGGUUACCUGCAAUUGAAUCUAAUUUGUGGCCUCAAGUGCCCACCUCAAUAAGGCCAAGUCAUUUGAUUCCCCGUUGAUCCAAGUUGAUUCCACAGUGACUUCCACGAUACCCAACUUCUAACAGCUGGUCCCCCUGGUACAUUUUUUUUUUUUUUUUUUUUUCAAACACCCUACCAAUGUGUACAAUUAUAGUAAGCAGAAGACAAGCAAGUUUCUUUUAAAAAGAAGUGUAUUAUUCUAGAGCUCAAAUGACAGUGAUGUGAAGUAUUGCAUUUUGUUUUCCCUUUCUUUUUUUUAAUUUUAAGGAUCUGUUUUUUUUUUUUUUUUCUUAGCUCGUCUCCAGUAAUAAACUGUUUUAUUAUUCGUCCCUCAUUUUUAGUUGAAACAAAAGAGUGUGAGCGGUUGUAUUUGGGACACCAGGAGAUGAAGAGGAACUCCGUCUAGGUUUUUUGAGACAGGAAAAAAAAAGCUUCUAAAUAAACUAUUUUGAUAAAGAGA